AUGGCCGCUGCUGUUCUACCAAAUGAUGAUUUUCACACAAACACCGAUGAUAAGUCUCUGGAAAUAUUCUCUCUUAUCUGGCUCGAUGCAAAUGUAGACGUUAAAAACACUCGAGACACAGAAGUAAAAUUACGUUCUAUUAUUAACCAUAUCAAGAAAUUUAAAGAUGUAAAACAAUGUCAACAUUAUAUCGAACAAAGAUCACAAAAAGAUCGAUUAAUACUUAUUGUUAGUGGCCGACUAGGACAAGAAAUAGUACCCUUUGUACACCAAUUUCGACAAGUUAUAUCAAUUUAUGUUUAUUGUAUACAUCAGAAGAAUCACGAACAAUGGGCUUUCAAAUUUUCGAAAAUAAAAUCUGUUGUUGUUGCUCUUGAUGAACUUGUCUCUCAAAUUACAGCAGACCAUAAAAUUCAGAAAAAAGUAGAAGAACCAUUAUCAAUCAAUAUUUUCACAACAAAUGUUGAUGCAGGUAAAUCAACAACAGGAGUUACUGGACAGUUUAUUUUUUCUCAAAUACUUAUUGAUUGUCUUCUACGAUUAAAAUCUAAUGAAAUUGACAAAAAUGAAUUUAUUAAUCUUUGUCAGAAUGAAUAUGAAGGAAAUUAUACUGAACUAAACAAUCUUCAUGAAUUUCAAGAAGAUUAUUCACCUGAUAAAGUAUUAUGGUGGUAUACAAAAGAAACAUUCUUUUAUAAAACUCUAAAUGCAGCUUUACGUACACAAAAUAUUCAUAUGAUAUUUUUAUUUCGUGCAUUUAUUUAUGAUAUUUAUCGUCAAUUGGAAAAAUAUCAAUCUAAGCGUCGUUUGCAAGUUUAUCGAAGUCAACUAAUGUCGAUCGAUGAGUUAGAUGGUCUCAAAAAUAAUAUUAAUCAGUUCAUUUCUAUAAAUUCAAUGUUUUCCACUAGUAAACAGCGCACAACAGCUCUCUUCUAUUUGGGUGAUAUAACUACACAGAUUGAUUCAGAACGAGUAUUAUUUGAAAUUGAUGCUGAUCCUAAGAUAGUCACUACAAAACCAUUUGCUAAUAUUAGUAAACAUAGUCAUUUUCCAGAUGAAUCAGAAGUUCUUUUCAUGAUUGGUUCUAUUUUUCGUCUCAAUAGUAUUGAUCGUAAUGAUGAUCAAAUAUGGAUCAUUAAAAUGACUUUAUGUAAUGAUGAUGAACAUGAUUUAAAACAAGUUCUUAUGUAUAUGAAACAACAAAUUGAAAAUGAAGAAACAAAUCUUCAAACAUUAGGAAAAUUAUUAUGCGAAAUGGGUGAAUUUGAUUUAGCCGAAAAAUAUUUGACUCGUUUGUUGAACCAACUUCCAUCGAAUGACCCAUUGCAUAUCAGUUUAUAUGAAGACCUUGCUAAACUCGCAUCACAGAGACGUAAACUUAAUAUGAGUAUAGAAUGGCGUCAAAAAUUACUUAUAUUCAAAGAGGAAAAUCCAUUAUCUACCAAUGUUAGUGUUAAUGAAACAAACAAUACUAUUGGUAAAUUUAUUCGUCAAAAACUAUUCGCAUUCAAAAAGCCACAACAAUUAACUAUCAAUGCCAACAUUGAUAAAACAAAAGAUUCUAUCGGUAAGCUUACUGAAAAAAAAAUUCUUAUUUUGAAUCAAAUAUCCUAA